UCUGCUGUAUCUCGUAUUCUCGUUAUAUGGUUUUAGUAUUUACUUACAUCUCUCUCUCUCUCUCUCUCUCUACCCUUGCAGAAUCCAUGAAGCAAACAGAACCCUUCUCAACUUUCUGAGUGAUUAAGGUUCCUUCAAUUACGUACAGCAUUCGCCGAGGAGAGGAGGAAUUCAAUCAAUCGGCGUCCCAAAAACUGAAUCCCCCAAUUUCAAUUUUUCCGACUUUUUUUUACUUUCGAGGGCGGCGAUCGCAUGGAGUCGCUCACACCCGUUUCUCGAUACACAUCACAGAGUUCCAAGAAAAGGGUGUUUCCCGGUGGAAGUUCGUCGUCGGGGUGUGAGGACGCGGAGGUUUUGGAAGCGCCGCCGCCGCCGCCGAUUAACGCCAAAAAUAAAGAGAAGGUCAUUUUUCAUGAGAUGAUGGAUAUGAACACGGCAGAAGAUUAUGAAGAUGUCAUAUUUAUCGAUGAAAAAGUUGACAGCAGUGGCAAAGGCAAGGAAGUUUUGUCCAGUUAUUCAACUGAUGGAUCCGUGAGCUUGAGUGAUGUCGAAAUGUCAGACGAUGGAAUCGUAGACGAUCCUGAUUCAAGUAUAUUCAAUGGGGAGGAAGAGUGGAUCGAUAAAUAUUACGAUGAUAUAUUAUACGACGAAGAUGAUGACAAAAUUAUGGAAUCACAUUUCGACCACAUGGAUAUUCCACCUGGCGUCGAGGCACCGGUGCCUUGGUUCCCAGUUCAUCCUCAAGAAAACUCGAACUUUCCAACUACCAACACUUUGACUGGUUCAAAUCCCCAAUUGAAUCCUACGGCAAUCUGGCCCACUUCGAGUAGCCAAGAAUAUCCAAAUUCACUACACUCUGCCGAUUUUUUCCUUCCUAAGCCCAUAAAAGAAGCUACGAAAUCUUUAGUAAAGGGUAAAACCAGGUCUAGUAGUGCAUCACUCGGCUACUCCAGUUCCAAGAACCAAUCAACUUCUUCAAGUUCAAAUCUUUCGAGUUUCUACGGUCAUAAAAGCGGCUUUCAAUACCCGAAUGUGCCGCCUUAUUCUCAUGGCAUGGGAAGUCUUCCGAGUGUCAACAUUAAUAAGAGUGGCUACUACCAAUAUCCGAACUUGCCGUCUAAUGUACAUGGCAUGGGGAAUUUUCCGAGUGUCUACAGUAAUAAGGGUGGACACGAAUAUUCAAAUUUGCCGUCUAAUUCGCAUGUCAUAGGAAAUUUUCCGAGUGUCCACGGUAACAAGAGUGGGCACCAAUAUGCGGAUGUGCCGUCGAAUUCGCAUGGCUUGGUAGCUUUUCCGAGUGUCCACGGUAGUAAGGGUGCAUCUCAGUAUAUGCCACCUAAUUUACAUGGCAUGGGAACUCCUUCGAGUGACCACAGUAGUAAAAGUGGCUUUACUUUUUCGGACGUGCCACCUGGCAUGGGAACUUCAUUGUCUGCGUUCGAAGAAUGGGAGAAGGAUACAACGGGAACUUCUUUUCCGGGUUUUACCGCUGAAUAUCCAUUUUCCCCCUCGGCCCCACAUGCUGCUUAUGUUCACAAAGAAGGAAGUCCUUUUGUGGUAGACAGAGAAAAGCUGGAUGAGAUUCUGCAGAAGUUUGAAAGGUUUGAGAAAUUCGAUACCGUGGAAGAUUAUUCGGACCACUAUUACGGCAGAUAUGGUUAUUCGGGGAAACAGGCACCAAAGGGUUGGGCCAAGAGCGUUCAGGACGAGUGGAAGAUUCUCGAAAAGAAUUUACCUGAUAUGAUAUUCGUGAGGGUGUACGAAUCCAGGAUGGAUCUUUUAAGAGCUGUGAUCAUAGGUGCCGAAGGAACACCGUACCACGAUGGUCUCUUUUUCUUUGAUAUCUUCUUCCCCGCCAAUUAUCCCGAUGUCCCACCUCUUGUUCAUUACCAUGCUGGCGGGCUUCGGAUAAAUCCAAACUUGUACGAUUGUGGGAAAGUGUGUCUGAGCCUUCUCAACACUUGGCCUGGUCAAGCCCCAAAGGAGACAUGGGUCCGUGGCGUUUCGACUAUUUUACAAGUUUUGGUCUCAAUUCAAGGUUUGAUUUUGAAUACUGAGCCCUUUUAUAACGAGCCUGGAUACGAAGGAUUGAGUGGAACACCAAACGGGCAAAAGAAAUCUUCCGAAUAUAAUGAGCAAACGUUCAUGCAUUCCCUUCAAACCAUGGUGUACACCAUGAGAAGACCUCCAAAGUAUUUUGAGGAUUUCGUGGUGGGGCAUUUCUGUAAGCAUGCAAGGGAUAUUCUGUUGUCAUGUCAAGCAUAUUCCGGCGGAGCUGUAGUCGGUUCUCUUGUUAAAGGGGUUGUUCGAAAUGCUGAACGGGGUGAGAAGAGCUCGAAGCAAUUUAAAUACAGGGUAACAGGGUUUAUCACAACAAUGGUAAAUACAUUUACGCAAAUUGGAGCCAAAGAUUGUGAGGAGUUUCUUCCUUCAUCUCAAAAAAAGAAUAAGCCCGCUGCUGCUAGUUCUCGGGCCGUAGAUGUUGGUAAUUAGGUUAACUGAUAAUACAUGCAAUUUCUCGACUUAAGAGAUUUUUGAAUGUAAGACAUGAUUUGAUCAUGUGGAUUUUUUGUUUUUUCUCUUUUUUUUGCUAGUUUUUGACUGAAAUUGGCAUUAGUUGUUUCGACUUUUGAGAAAGUACAGGGGAAGGCAUUCUUCUGACCUCGGAGAAUGACCUGACUUUUUUUUUUUUUUCGACAAUAAAAUGUGUAUACAUACAUGUUCAUAAAGUUUGGGCUAAUUUUUCGCCUUAGUCGUAGCCAGGGUGCGCUUUUUUGUAUCUAUCGUCUUUAUAAUUUCUUAUCGGUUUAGGUAUUCUUUUGUUGAAGUUGUAAUGUCUAUGAAUUAGUAUAACUUUGUGUUGCCA